AUGCAGAGUACCAAAAAAAGUAAACAUUAUUAUUCAAUGUUUGCAUUUGUUCAGGCAUAUUCAAAGGGUAUAUUGACAUGGUUGGUUUCUUUGUUUACAAAAGUAUAUUCCAUUCCAAUAGAUAAAUUUGAUGAUGAAAGUACAUGGACUUCUUUACAGGAAGAGAAAUUUCGAAAAUUCAUACAAGAGAUGGAGAAAAAUCCAACAAUUGCUACAUUAUGUCAUCUAAUGAGAUUAGGUUUAGAUAAUAUUGAAAUGAAAGAGUAUAUUCGAAAUAAUGAUUCAAAAUCAUUGAGAGAAUUAUUGCCACAACGUUUGAAAUUAUAUCUUGUACAGAAACGACGAAGAUAUUUCAAUCUAAUCAGUAAUCAGAUAAGACAAAAUGUUUUCCUAGAAUCCAAAUAUCCAAAUUUCCUGUCGUUUCUAGAUAGAAACAAAUCUAUCUGUUUUUCCAAUAAUAAUUAUAUGGCCAAUGAUGAAUUUGUUGAGUUUGUACAUAGUGAAAUCAAAGAUGCACGGAUUGCUAGAGAUGAAAAGACUAUUGGAAAGUCCAUUCAAAAGAGAGUGUAUGCAAAUCAAUUUGUUAGAGAAUUGAAAAGUUUCAAAACUUACAAAGAAACAGAAUCAUCUUGGGAUUUGUCAUCAAGUGUGAAUGAAAUUGUGAAUUUACUUAAUAAGCGUAUAGGAUUUGACAAGUCUUCCAUUUCUACAUUUCAUGCCAAUCAUAGGAAGAAUAUUGUUAAUAUUUUUACGUCCAACCAUGCAGAGAUUUUACCAAAUGAUGAUCCUAAAUUCAAAUACGAUAGCAUCAGUGAAACAAAAUUAUUGGAAUCUUUCACCAAAACAAUUGAAAACACUCCCAAUGACUCCACACAAUCCAAGGAUUUAAAUUUAAUUAUUUUAGAUGAUGAUCCAUUAAAUACUAGUCAAGAUUGUAUCAGUAGUCCUUCAAAGAAGAGAAAAACACAAAGUGAACCAUUGUUAAUGGCCCCUCUCACACAAGUAAACAAAUCUAAACAGGGCCACAAUGAAUCAGCAACCUUCAAUGUAGAGUUGCGAGGAACGAUGCAACGUUAG